AAAGCGCAUGCGCAAGCUAGAUGGGCAGCGAGGAGAGCCGCGACUGCCAGUCCCUCGAAGGGGCGCGAGCUGUCGUUGAACGUCAGCACGCAGAUGCAACUGGUUCUCGGCAGGGGGGCGCGCGCACCGCUGCCGAGCGCCAGCCCACAGGCGCGGGAGCCUCCCUAUUAAGGGCACGCGACGUCGAGGCAAUAGUGCGCAGGUGCUUAGCCAGAGGCGGAGCCCGAGAGGCAGGCAGCGGACAUCCGGUUCCGGGAGCAACGAACAGCCGCGGAGGCGACAGCUACCGCUUCAGAGGAGGCGGCCGCGGAGGAGAAGGAAGGGGAGGAGGGCGAGGCGGGAGGCGCAGGAGGGACCCUCGCCAUGGGUCCACGGGCCUAGAGUGGCGGAAGAUACCGGCCUGGUGCCAAACUGGCUACUGCUGCUUCCUGUGGCCUCCAUGGCUGAGGACUGGCUGGACUGCCCAGCCCUGGGCCCUGGCUGGAAGCGCCGUGAAGUCUUUCGCAAGUCAGGGGCCACCUGUGGACGCUCAGACACCUAUUACCAGAGCCCCACAGGAGACAGGAUCCGAAGCAAAGUUGAGCUGACUCGAUACCUGGGCCCUGCGUGUGAUCUCACUCUCUUCGACUUCAAACAAGGCAUCUUGUGCUAUCCAGCCCCCAAGGCCCAUCCCGUGGCGGUUGCCAGCAAGAAGCGAAAGAAGCCUUCAAGGCCAGCCAAGACUCGGAAACGUCAGGUUGGACCCCAGAGUGGUGAGGUCAGGAAGGAGGCCCCGAGGGAUGAGACCAAGGCUGACACUGACACAGCCCCAGCUUCAUUCCCUGCUCCUGGAUGCUGUGAGAACUGUGGAAUCAGCUUCUCAGGGGAUGGCACCCAAAGGCAGCGGCUCAAAACGUUGUGCAAAGACUGUCGAGCACAGAGAAUUGCCUUCAACCGGGAACAGAGAAUGUUUAAGCGUGUGGGCUGUGGGGAGUGUGCAGCCUGCCAGGUAACAGAAGACUGUGGGGCCUGCUCCACCUGCCUCCUGCAGCUGCCCCAUGAUGUGGCAUCGGGGCUGUUCUGCAAGUGUGAACGGAGACGCUGCCUCCGGAUUGUGGAAAGGAGUCGAGGGUGUGGAGUAUGCCGGGGCUGUCAGACCCAAGAGGAUUGUGGCCGUUGCCCCAUCUGCCUUCGCCCUCCCCGCCCUGGUCUCAGGCGCCAGUGGAAAUGUGUCCAGCGACGUUGCCUACGGGGUAAACAUGCCCGCCGCAAGGGAGGCUGUGACUCCAAGAUGGCUGCCAGGCGGCGCCCCGGAUCCCAGGCACUGCCUCCACCACCCCCAUCACAGUCCCCAGAGCCCACAGAGCCGCACCCCAGAGCCCUGGCCCCCUCGCCACCUGCCGAGUUCAUCUAUUACUGUGUAGACGAGGACGAGCUACAGCCCUACACGAACCGCCGGCAGAACCGCAAGUGCGGGGCCUGUGCAGCCUGCCUACGGCGGAUGGACUGUGGCCGCUGCGACUUCUGCUGCGACAAGCCCAAAUUCGGGGGCAGCAACCAGAAGCGCCAGAAGUGUCGUUGGCGCCAAUGCCUGCAGUUUGCCAUGAAGCGGCUGCUGCCCAGUGUCUGGUCAGAGUCUGAUGAUGGGGCAGGAUCGCCCCCACCUUACCGUCGUCGAAAGAGGCCCAGCUCUGCCCGACGGCACCAUCUUGGCCCUACCUUGAAGCCCACCUUGGCUACACGCACAGCCCAACCAGACCAUACCCAGGCUCCAACGAAGCAGGAAGCAGGUGGUGGCUUUGUGCUGCCCCCGCCUGGCACUGACCUUGUGUUUUUACGGGAGGGCGCAAGCAGUCCUGUGCAGGUGCCGGGCCCUGUUGCAGCUUCCACAGAAGCCCUGUUGCAGGUGAAGCAAGAGAAGGCGGAUACCCAGGACGAGUGGACACCAGGCACAGCUGUCCUGACUUCUCCCGUAUUGGUGCCUGGCUGCCCUAGCAAGGCAGUAGACCCAGGCCUGCCAUCUGUGAAGCAAGAGCCACCUGACCCUGAGGAGGACAAGGAGGAGAACAAGGAUGACUCUGCCUCCAAAUUGGCCCCAGAGGAAGAGGCAGGAGGGGCUGGCACACCCGUGAUCACGGAGAUUUUCAGCCUGGGUGGAACCCGCUUCCGAGAUACAACAGUCUGGUUGCCAAGGUAUUACCACCUUGCUCUUGACUGGAAAUGCAACUGUGGUUACCACCCGUGCUGCAGGUCCGUCCUGGUUCCCUGAUUUGUGUUUCCUGUUCUGCCUGGAUCCUGAUUCUCAGAAACCAGUUACUGGACUUCUGAUCCACAUCCUGACCCUGGUCCACUGUGACCCUCACACUCUUAAUUAUGCUCCACCAGGUCGUGCCACUGCCCCACUAGUCCAUUUGAUCUGCCCCCCUCCUAGGAUAUCCUGAGUCUAAGCCCUGGUUUCUGCCAAUGGCAAAUAGGAAGAUUUUAUUAACAGGUUUUUAAAAAUUAUUAUUAUUACUGGUUAUUUGGUUUGACAAGGCACUUAGGCUCCCUGAGCUUUGCCUUAGCUGAAAAAUAAGGAUAGUAAUACUUGCUGUUCUAUCAACCACGUAAGAUACUUGCGGCCGUGCGCGGUAGCGCACCCUGUAAUUCCAACACUUUGGGAGGCCGGCGGGAGGGGCAGGGGAGAGGAUCGCUUGAACACAGGAGCAGGAGUUCCAGCCUGAGCAACAUAGCGGGACCCCCUUCUCUUCAAAAUUUGUUUUUAAAUCAGCAGGGCGUGGUGGCGCAGGCUUUGUAGUCCCAGAUACUCUGGAGGCUGAGGCCCAGGAGGACGAGGCUGCAGGGAGCCAUGAUCACGCCACUGUACUCCAGCCUGGGCGACAGCGAGACCUUGUCUCAAAAAAAAUCUGUGAGGUUCAAAGGUUGUGUGUGUGAAAAUAUCUUGGAAAUUGUAAAGAACUACACAAAUACAAGGUUUUCCUGUGAUUAUUACCGUCAUCAAGAUUAACCUAGAGAUAGUGCAAAAUUUAAGCUUCCCAAAAAAUGUUCGCUAACCUUUCUCAUACUUUUAGACCAUUACAGGAUAUAAAUAGCAAAGUCAACUGGAAUUGUAAUUAGAGCUUUGAUUUUCCUUGAGCUAGAGGUUUUUUGUGCCAUUCUGAUGAACCCUAGAGGAAGGGAGCAAGGUCGGCGGGGUUUGGCCGAGGGGCGGGGUGAGGACCGCGCAGGCUCAGCUUCUCGGCUGGAAGAGGAAGUCGCGAGUGCAGGCGUCUGCGGCCCCCAUGGUGACCAGACCGACUUCCGCCCGACCCGCCCACCUCUACAGGCCCCUAAUCCCGCGAGGCGCACCGUAGCAACCAGACUUCUGCGUCGCGUAAGCGGGUCCUGCAGGUCGCCACAGUUGGGGGAAACGCGGCGGACGCCGCCCCCAACCCGAAGGGGACUCGAAAAUGUACAGCCAGCGGUUUGGCACCAUACAGCGGGAGGUUAAGGGCCCCACUCCCAAAGUGGUGAUCGUGGUAAGCACAGGAUGUGUCUGCCAGACCCUACAGCUUUCUCUGCGCACUCCAGGCCUGGCCUAUCCCACUUCGGCCCCCACCCAGGGCCUUCUCGAGGGGAACGGGUGUCGCCUGAUGCAGUGGGUUGAAUUUUGAAAGAAGGAAGAUAAGGUCGCUCACCUAUCUACCCCACCUCUCACCCACUCAUCUCCCUCUAUUUUCAUCCUUACAGCCUUUCAUCUGCCCCCAAAGUUAUAAUAUUUAGGUUCUGUUUUUGGAGAAUCACCACUAGGGAUCAUAGGGUUUUUCAGUCUUCAAGACACCGGAAGGAUGUCUGUCCCCCAUGCAGUGGCGAGUGUGUGUUAUGGAAAGGGCACCCGGCCCAGAGACAGAUCUGGGGGCAGGGCAGGCCUAUGAAUUAGAGCUGGUCUUUCACUCCUAGGAAAAUCGUCUGAGGAAGGGGAAUUAGAUUGUGAGUGGUUAUAGCACCCAACGCCUUUCCUGUGCCAACUCAACCAGUAACCAUUGCUGGACAGAAGUGUCCCUUCAGACCUGGGAAAAACUCAGGUGCCUGCCUCUAAGGCUGGAGUGGUAGUAGGCCAGGAAAAUGUGCUUGCUGCAGAAUUUGAUGGUUCCUGCUGAGAACCUCAGACACUAUUGGUCCAUACGUGUAGAUUCUUUUGUUUCUACAAACUAGUUUCUACCCGCCAGAAAACUGCCAUGUAGGCAGAGUUAUUGCUUGAGCCCCUGCUGUGUGCGCAGUAUUGUGGGAGAUACAGGGGUGGAUACAAUGAUCCUGGAAGGUUAACUCUUUAUUGAAGCCUGAGCCCUCCCUUCAAGGAGCUUAUACAGGUCAAGUAUCCCUUAUCUGAAAUGCUUGGGACCAGAGAUGUCUAGGAUUUCAGAUUUUUUUGGAUUUUGGAAUACUUGCAUAUGCAUAAUGCAAUAUCUUGGGGAGGGGACCCAAGUCUAAACACAGAAUUUAUUUAUAUUUCAUUACCUCGAAGGUAAUUUUAUUUUCCCCUUGGGGAUGCUGAAUAAAUAUGUGUUGUUUGCUUGUGUUUUGACUGUGACCCCUUACAUGAGGUCAGGUGUGAAAUUUUCCACUUAUGUCAUCAUGUGGGUGCUCAAAAAGCUUCAGAUUUUGUAGCAUUUCAGAUUUCAGAUUUUCAAAUUAGGGGUGCUCAACUUGUAAUCCAAUUGCAAAAAAAACUUAUGUAUAAUGAAACCACUAAAGGUUAACACGGUAAAUAAUGAUGUGCUAUAUUGUCUGUGAUGUCAGUUUAUGGAUGAAAGAUCAGUGAUACAGUUUUAUUAUGCUCCACAAUGCACAUAGCAAACUUCAGUCAACCUAUAGACCUGCUCCUUCUUUAGGUCCAAGUACUGUAAGAUCUGGAGCUGGAAAGCAGUAGAUGGGACAUAUUAGUAGGCUGUAGGGUUCAAGGUGAUAAUUAUAAACACACUUCAUGAAGGACAGAAGAUCUACUUUGGGUUCUGUAUCCAAACACAGGGCUCAGAGGCUGAGCCAUUGUUGGGUGCUAUUACUUGUGUUGGGAACCAAUAAGGAACAGAAAACAAAAACACUAAACCAGAGAAGUGGGCCUAUUGAAUACUUUGCACCUAAGAAGAAUUAAGAGGAAAAGGAAGAGGUUAGAGUUGGUGCAUCUGCUCCUCCAGUGUUUGAGUGUGAUAAGAAAGAUAGAUGUUAGAGGUAGCAGAAUUGCGUUGCAAGAAUUAAAGCCACCAACAGAUGAGACUUGGACCCUAAACAAUUCCCCAGGAGAAACCUAUGAAAAAUUUAAUGUCUGAAGUAAUGGGACAUCAAAAGGAGCAGCUAUUUGAUGAGUGUCUCCUAGGAGUCCAUUAGGAGGAUACUUAUUUUGCUCAUUUGACAGGUGAGAAAACUAAGAGUCAAAGAGAUUAAGUAACUUGCUCAAUUCAGUUAGUAAUGGACAGAGGCCAGAAUCAAACCUAGGAUGUAAAGCAUUGUUCUUUAAGACAACCGAACUGUAAAUUGUAAUCCUAAUAACUAUCAUUGGAGAUGCUACAGUAACAAAAAGCCUUCAGUGACCUUGAAAACCCACAGUAGUUAGUAAAAUAUCCUGUGUUUUCCUGACUUUAGCAUGGUUUAGAGCUGUGAUGUCCAAUAGGUAGCCACUAGUCACACAUAGCAUUUGAGCACUUGAAAUGUGCCUAGAGUCACAUAUUGACAAGAUAAUAUUUUGGAUAUAUUGGUUAAAUAAAAUAUACUAUCAAAAUUAA